AGCAGAGCACUGCAGAUAGAGUUACUGCCUCUAGGAUUCAACCUACACCAGUGUUCCACUCUGCUGAAGAUCCUCCCUGCAAGAUGCCUUGCUGCAUACAGCCUGCAUUACUAAUAUCAUCGCUGAUCCACGUCUUCAAGCCAAGCAACGCUGAGCUAAAACAUGGAACAGGCCAGGGAUGGGAAAUUUGGAAUACGUGUGGAUGGCAAUAAGUGGUGUUGUUGCAUAGCAGUGCCAGGGAUGAUUUCUUGAAGGUUUUAUAAUGCCUGGGUGCUUCAAGAAAACAAUAUUCUCCUUGGCUUCUGUUUUAAGUUUGGUGUCAUUCUUGCUGAUUAUUGUUGCCAUGGCAACUCAAAAAUGGAUGACUGGGAAGACUCUCUGCCAGACAGGAGUAGAUUUGGUCAACGCCUCAGAUCCAGAGUUGGUGAAGUUCAUAGGGGACAUUUACUACGGACUCUUUCAGGGGGGCAAAGUGCGGCAAUGCGGACUGGGGAAACGAAGUUUCACGUUCACAAUAUUCCCAGAUAUGGUGAAAACACUAAACGCUGCUCUCCAUGUCAUCAUUAUCCUUUUCCUGUGUGCAGCCAUUUCUUUUGCUCUGAUCAGUUUUGGAUUCUGUGUUUACAAUGCACUGAAAGUCCCAUACCGGUCAAUUAAAGGACCUGCGGGCAUAUGUCUCUGGAAUUUCAUCGCAGGCCUCUUGGUUGUGUUUGCUGUAACCAGCUUCAUUGCUGCUGUCCAGCUUCACCAGCUGACUGAAAGAAUAGCCAACUUCCGGGAAAAUGUCUUCAGGAUUGUCAUUCUAGAAGAGAGCUAUGAAGAUUCCUUCUGGUUGUGUGUGGCCAGUGGGGCGACACACGCCGUUAACAUGCUGCUUAUGGCUGCCAGUGCGAUCCGUCUCCCUAAGUUUAAAACUAAAACGGAAGAGGCAAAUGUAACUCCAGAGGACAUCAUGUACUAAGGCCUUGUAUGGGAGACAAUGAUGACAUUUCCCGCAGGACACAGAUGCUGAUAUUCCUCAUCUGGAAUGGUAGCCCAAUAAAUAAGGAGGCACUGGUAUCUGGUGAUCCUCAUCAUAUCACAUAUUCAUGGAACACUUUUAAAAUGACCAGAACCCGAUUCUGGAGAGCAGAUGAUUUCCAGACACAUCGGGCCAAAAGGCGCUUCUAACCUGGACAUAGAAACUUUCGUUUUGUACAGAAGUUCAAUUCCCUCUUUAAUGUAUAAUAAUACAGAAGCGUGUAUUGAUCAUCAGUUGUUAUUUUGUAUCAAGCACAAAACAGGCUGCUCAAAGCUUUUCUAGUGAGCAUUGUAUUUCUAAAAUGUAAUGUUUCUCUGUGUAAUAGUGUAUCUUGGAAAAUGCACAGCCAACAGGCCGGGACUAUCUAGAUUGUGUAUAGACAGCUGCUGUUCAGUCAAAAUCUUCAUUUGAUAUAUAUAUAUAUAUAUAUAUAUAUAUUUAUUGUAUAGUUUGAUAUACUGCUGUAGUUCAUGACCCAGGUUUUGCUGGGAUUUAGGGAGAGCGGCAACCAUGAUCCACAAAAUUACACAGGGGCUGAUUCAGAGACAGAAUUUAGAACAAUUUGUCCAUAGCUGUCUGAUGUAUUUUUUAACUGCACCUUUGUUGGUGCUGCAGUGCGCAUGUACUGCUAUA